AUGUGGGCAUUGAAGGCUCUAAAUUUGGAUUGGACAAAAACUUCAAAAGAAAGAGUUGAGCAGCUAAACGAGUUGGACGAAUUUAGGUUUAAAGCUUACGAAAGUUCAGCUCUCUACAAGAAAAAGAUGAAGAAGUGGCAUCAUACUAAAAUACUUAAGAGAAAGUUUAAGGUGGGAGAUUGGGUGUUACUAUACAACUCCCGACUGAGGUUGUUUCGCAAAAAACUCAAAUUGAAAUGGUCAGGACCAUUUAGAGUGAAACGAGUGUUCUCAAAUGGUGCCAUAGAAGUUGAAGGGCAGGAAGGACCUGCAUUUAAGGUGAAUGGGCAGCGUUUGAAGUUAUACUUUGGUGAAUGCCAGGAUAUUUCUCUUAUUGAAGUGGUGGACAUGGAAGAUGCUUGA